GUUCGCGAUAUACAAAAAAAAAAUCUAAAAAAAAUAAAAAAAAAAGAAGCCAAACUUCAGGAGUGACUACUUUUUUUUGUGCUAACUCCCUCCCCUUUGAUAUAGCUUGUAGUAUGGGUAAGAGAAAGCUUGAACAGGAAGUGCAGGAGCACGUAGAGGCCGAGCCGCUGGUUCUGAAGUUGAGCCAGUUGGAAGAGAUGUCUGACGAUGAUGACGACGACGAUGAAGAAGAAGACGAGGAUGAAGUAGAUGGAAAGACCUCUGAAGCCAACGGUUCCGACAAGGCCAACAAUGCCGCAAACGCCCACCAACGUCCAACCAAAAAGCAACGUAAGCAGCUUUCCGCGCAACAAAUCCAAAUCGCCAGAGAAACUGCCGAACUCUUCAAGUCUAAUAUAUUCAAACUUCAGAUUGAUGAACUUGUUAAAGAGGUUAAGCUCAAGGAAUCACAUGUUACUAAGAUCGAGAAGGUCUUGCACCGUAUCCACGACCUAAUUUCCAAGGUGCCAGCCAUCACAGACCUCUCCUUGCAACAAGCAGAACAUCAUUUCAACUCCAAGAAGAUUGUAAUCCCAUUCCCAGACCCUAAGCCUGCCAAGGCCAACUAUAAAUUCGCCUACUUACCACCACAAGACGUCCUGUUGGUUGGUUCCUUUGGGCUUAAGACCGGUGUUGCCAGCUCUCAUGGUAGCAGUAUCGAUAUGUCCUUAACCAUGCCAAAGGAACUUUUCCAACCAAAGGAUUAUUUGAACUAUAGAGCGUUCUACAAGAGAGCCUUUUACAUUGCUUAUCUUGCCGAGCAUCUUGUUCCACUCUCUAAGAAGAAUAACCUCCCUGUGAAGAUUUCAUACCAUUUCCUCAAUGGAGAUGUCUUGUGCCCAGUACUUAAAUUGGAAUCCAUUCAAACCGAUAACUCUGAAGAUUUACAUUUCCACAAGACUAAAUUCACUAUUAAUUUGAUUGUUGGAUUCCCAUUUGCCAUUUUUGACAAUAAAAAGAUAUUGCCAGAUAAGAAUUGUAUUAGAAUCCAAACCGAAGGAGAUGAAGAAAAUAGAGCUACUCCAUUAUACAAUUCCUCCUUGGUUUCUCUGACCGCCUACGAUUACUAUCUUAAGUAUCUCUACACCCUGAAGAAACUGGCAGAACUGUUCAAAGACGCCUGUAUCUUGGGACGUUUAUGGCUUCAACAAAGAAAUUUGGGAUCUAGUUUCCAAUCUGGUGGAUUUGGACACUUUGAAUUUGCCAUCUUGAUGAGUAGUUUGUUGCAUGGAGGUGGUGUCAACGGGAAUAAGAUCUUACUUCAUGGAUUCUCCUCAUAUCAAUUAUUUAAGGGUACCAUAAAGUAUUUGGCCACCAUGGAUUUAUCCAGUGGUGGAUACUUAUCAUUCUCUUCUCUCAUUGGUGAGAAUGUGAGUUCCAAAUAUAUUGAAGGAGAUGAUGCUUCAUUUAAUGUUCCAACCAUCUUUGAUAAGAAUGUUAAGUUGAACAUUUUAUGGAAAAUGACCAACAAUUCUUAUCAACAACUUUGUCAAUUGGCCAGAGAAACCCUUGGACUUUUGAAUGACGUGGUUAAGGAUAGAUUUGAUCCAAUUUUGCUUCAAAAAUCAAACAUUAAUCUGAUGAAAUAUGAUGUUUUGGCCACUUUAACUGUACCAGAAGAACUUUUGGAUUCAUUCACUGCCGCUGAAAAGAUUCAAUUUAUUACCUUUGAGUCAUACUUGAAGCAUAGAGUUGCCUUAAUCUUGGGCAAAGCCUUGGGUGAUAGAGUUACUUUGAUCAAUGUAGAGGCUUCAUCUAAUGUUAACUUUGCAAUCAAUAAGAGAAAGCCAAGUAACACCUUCAACAAACUUACAAUUGGUUUACAAUUAAAUCCAGAUGAAUGUGAAAAGCUUGUCACCAAGGGACCUAAUAAUGAAGAUACCGAGGCAGGACUUAAGUUCAGAGCCUUUUGGGGGUCUAAAUCUUCUCUCAGAAGAUUUAAGGAUGGUACCAUCCAACAUUGUAUGGUUUGGACUUCCACUCCAAAUGAAUCUAUUGUAGUCUCCAUCAUGAAAUAUGCUUUGGAUUUACAUUUGAAGAACGAUGUAUCCAAUCACUUAUACUCUGAAAGCUCACAUUUCAAUGCAUUAUUACCAACUCCAUUGGUUACCAGUGCUGGUGCCAUGGGUGGCUUCACAAGUUUGAAGGCUUCGUUUGAUAGUAUGUCUCGUAUCUUGUCCAAUUUGGACUUGCCACUCAAUAUCAAGGCUUUACUCCCUGCAUCUUCAGCCUUGAGAUACUCUUCUUUACUUCAACCAGUCCCAUUUGCAGUUUCAAACCCAGAUUUCUGGAAUGAAGUUAUUCUUCAAUUUGAAACUUCUACCAGAUGGCCUGAUGAAAUCAGUGCUUUGGAAAAAACCAAGACUGCUUUCCUUUUGAAAAUCAAUGAUCUUCUUAAUUCUGAAAGCACUUACAAGUGUUUCAUUACCAAGGAUAGUUCAAUCCCAUUCAAUGAGAAUAUCACUUUACUUAAUGUUUUAACUCCGGAAGGUUAUGGAUUCCAAAUCAGAGUGUUAACUGAAAGAGACGAAGUGUUAUACUUGAGAGCUGUCACAAACGCUGAAAAGAAUAAGGCCUUAGUGCAAGAUGUAUAUCUCAAGUUCAAUCAGAAAUACUUGGGAGUUGUCAAGCACACCAGAACUAUUUCUUCAUUGGCUCACCAUUUCCAAUAUUAUUCUCCAACCGUGAGAGUAUUCAAGAAAUGGUUAGACUCACAUUUACUUUUCCAUCACAUGAGUGAUGAACUUGUUGAAUUAAUUGCCUUGAAGCCAUUUGUCGACCCAGCACCUUAUUCCGUUCCACAUCUGAUUGAAACCGGGUUCUUGCAAAUCUUGAACUUCUUAUCCAGUUGGAAUUGGAAGGAAGACCCAUUGAUUAUGGAUCUUGUCAAGUCAGAACUGACUGCAGCUGGUGUAGACGACGAGGAUUUAAUUUCUUCUAAGUUAUCUGAUAAGUUGACCAUCCCAGCGUAUCGUGUCAUUGAACUGAAUUUCGAGAAAAUUAGAAAGAACGAUCCAUCUGGUAUUAAAACUCAGCUUUUCAUUGGUUCUAAAGAUGACCCUUCAGGGAUUUUAUGGUCCAAUGAACUUACUUUGCCCAUUGCCAGUAGACUUACUGCCUUGGCUAGAUUGGCCGUGUCGUUGGUAAAGCAACAAUCACAAUUAGAUGAAGCUUCAAUCAACCUCCUCUUCACCCCUGCAUUGAAAGAUUACGAUUUCACCAUCAAGGUUAAGACUGCUAGCUUGACCACCUCUUCCGGUAUCUUGCCAACCAACACUUUCAAGAAUCUUAUUGGAGCAGACACUUCCUAUCCAGAAGAUAUUUGUUCCAAAUAUGAUUUGGUUCAAGCAUACGUGGAUGAAUUAAAUAAGAAGUUUGGUAAUGUGAUAAUUUUCCUGACUCGUAAGUGCACUGGGUUGAGCACUGACGGACUGAAUGUCAUUGCUGGGUUAUUUGUGCCUUCUAAUUUGAGCAAGAAGAAGUUCAGAGUGAACUUGGGUAUCAAUGUGAAGCCAACUGAAGAAAAGGAUGAAUGUGUGAUCAACAAGGAAGCUAUUUUCAACCAGAUCACGUUGUUGGGAGGAGAUCUUGUACAAUCAAUCAAGAUUAGAAAGUAAAGGAGUUUACAGUGGAGAAAGAAUGAUGAAGCCUGUUAUAAUAAAAUAUAGACUGUAUAGUUACAAAGCAUAAUUAGAGAAGAAAAUCU